AUGUUGAUCCCCCUGGUGCUCGUCGUGCUCCCGCUCGGGCUCCUCUUGCUCCUUUCCGGCCUCAUCGUCAACGCAAUCCAGGCUAUCUUGUUCGUGUCUGUAAGGCCAUUAUCGAAGAGCUUGUAUCGUCGGAUCAACAGAUUCUUAGUCGAGCUGAUAUGGCUUCAGCUAAUCUGGCUUGUGGACUGGUGGGCUGGUGUUAAGGUACAAUUGCAUGCAGAUCCAGAAACUUAUCAGCUAAUGGGAAAAGAGCAUGCCCUUAUCAUAUCAAAUCACCGGAGCGACAUUGAUUGGCUUAUUAGAUGGAUUUUGGCACAGCGUUCAGGAUGUCUUGGGAGCACACUAGCUAUCAUGAAGAAAUCUUCAAAGUUCCUUCCAGUUAUUGGCUGGUCUAUGUGGUUUGCUGAAUACCUAUUUCUGGAGAGAAGUUGGGCAAAGGUCGAAAAGACACUUAAAUGGGGUCUCAAAAGGUUGAAGGACUUCCUCAGAUCAUUCUGGCUUGCCCUUUUUGUUGAGGGUACACGGUUUACACCAGCAAAACUUCUAGCAGCUCAAGAAUAUGCAGCCUCACAGGCUAUCUAUGAUACAACAGUGAUAAUCCCUAAAGAUUCACCUGCACCAACAAUGCUGCGUAUUCUCAAGGGACAAUCAUCAGUGGAUGCUUUAUUGGACAAGCAUAUAGCAACUGGUACUUUUGAUGAAGAAAUUAGACCGAUUGGUUGUCCAAUGAAGUCUUUGCUGGUGGUUGUCUUGGUCAUGCCUCCUCCUAUAUGGUGCCUACAGAUUCUUACAGUGGACUCAACUCUUGUCAACGUGGAAAGGCAUUAUCCUCUUCGCUGCUGGAUUGGCACUGGUGACUGGUGUUAUGCAUGUCUUCAUCAUGUUCUCUCAGUUAGAGCGUUCAAGCUCCGCCAGAGCAGUGAGGAAUCGGGUGAAGAAAGAUUGAUGACUCUUGAUUCCAGUCCACCCCAGCUGCCAAUUUGUUAG